AUGAACAUUACAUUGUCGAUAAUGGAAGAUAUAGAAAAUUAUUACCCAAAUAAAAGAUCCAAUACUGAUCCAUUUACGUUUAAAGAAUUUGAAUCAAUAGAUAACAAGAAUAAUAAUCAUAAGAGCGAUUCUGUAAGCUCAUUAAAAGGCCAUAACAAAAGGACAAAACCAUUACAAGAAUCAUCAAUAAAUACCUUUAAAUCAAAUCAUCCAUUAUUGAAUAAAGCAUUUACAUCACCAAUAAAAGCAACACAUCAUAAUAAUAAUCAAAAUCUAAAAAAGAGAUCACCAACUACUCCAACCAUAGCAUUAGCUUCGAAAUCAAUGAGAAGAAAAUUUGAUAUCCCUAAAUUAAAUUCAAAUUUGAUAAACUUAUCAUCACCAACAAAAAUAAAUCAAAAAUCUCAAAAUGCUCAAAAAUUAACAAAAUCUGAUCUCGAUAAUGAUGAAAUAAUCGAAUGCUUUGAAGUAAAAUUACCUGAUUGGUUUGGAUCAUCAAUAAAAGAAGCUAAUACAAAUAUGGAAUUAUUUAUUGCACAACAGAAAUUAAAAGAUAUGGAAGAAAUUAAUGAAUUUUUAAUUAUGGAAAGGAAAUUUGAAUUGGAAACUGCCCUAUGA